GAUUGUUAUUAUGGCCGCUUCGCUUUGUUCACGGUCGCUCCUUAGAGCUUCCCGUAUAUUAUGGCGUUCCAAUGGCUUCACUUCAGGAACUAGGCAUAUCAGGCGCAGAGGAUUGGCAGAUGCUUCUACGAAUGAUAUGACACUGCCUCUGAAAGGGUACAAAGUAUUGGAUAUGACUCGGGUGCUUGCAGGUCCAUACUGCACACAAAUAUUAGGAGAUCUUGGGUAUGCUUUACUAUUCCUUAUGUCGUUGUCUAAACUCAUAAAUGUAGUGCCGAAGUAAUAAAAGUCGAGCAUCCGACGAAGGGCGAUGAUACUAGACAUUGGGGACCUCCCUAUGCGAAAUACUUAGAUGGAUCAGGGAAAGAAGGGCCUGGAGAAAGUGCAUACUUCUUUGCUGUAGCUUGGCCUCAUAUUCCAACUCACCGCAAGUUUCACGGCUCACCAAUUAUCAGGUUAAUCGGAACAAAAAAUCCCUCGGACUGUCAUUUAAACAUCCAUCAGCAGUUAAAAUCCUUCAUAAACUCGCUGCAGAAAGUGAUAUUCUCGUUGAGAACUAUCUACCAGGCUCACUGAAGAAAUAUGGGAUGGACUACGAAACACUGCGAGAGAUAAACCCUCGAUUGAUAUACGCUUCUAUCACCGGCUAUGGUCAAACUGGUCCAUAUAGAAACCGAGCCGGAUACGACGUCAUGGUUGAAGCGGAGAUGGGAUUGAUGCACAUCACUGGAAGUAGGGACGGACCUCCCGUGAAAGUGGGGGUUGCCGUAACGGAUUUGACGACUGGCUUGUAUACUAGUAACAGUAUUAUGGCUGCUUUACUGGCAAGAGGAAGAACAGGACGGGGGCAGCAUAUUGAUGUUGCUCUAUCAGAUUGCCAAGUUGCCACACUAUCGAAUCUGGCGAGUUCGUGUCUGAUAAGUGGGGAGAAGGAUGAAGGGAGAUGGGGAACUGCUCAUCCAUCUAUCGUACCAUAUCGUUCAUACAAGACAAAAGAUGGUGAUAUUUUGUUCGGUGGAGGAAACGAUAGAUUAUUCGGACUCUUAUGCAAUGGGCUUGGACGCUCAGAGUGGAAAGAGGAUCCAAGAUUUGUCGUUAACACAGCAAGAGUUGCCCAUCGAGCAGAAUUAGACAGCUCUAUAGAGAAAAUCACUCAAGACAAGACUACCAAAGAAUGGCUGGAUAUUUUUGAAGGAUCCGGGCUACCUUAUGCAGCUAUCAAUGAUGUCCAAGGAACAUUGAAUCAUGAGCACGUGUUGGCAAGGGAUAUGGUAAAGGAGAUGGAUCACGAAUAUUGUGGUCCAAUUAAGAUGGUCAACACACCGGUGAAAUACAGUGAGAGCAAGCCAAGUAUACGAACAGUGCCUCCUAUGCUAGGGCAACAUACAGAUGAGAUUCUUAGAGAUAUUUUAGGGAUGGACGAAUCUGAUAUUGAAGCAUUGAAGGCCGAAGGAGCUGUAAGAUAGAAUUAUAUAGAUAUCUUGGACAUUCAGAUACUACAAUUGCCCCCUACAGAUGUCGUUGGGCCAUGUUGCUCUUCCACACGCAAGGCAUUAGGCUAAUUUGCAAGGAGUUCA